AUGAACACGUUCUGUAUGGUGCACCCUGAUAAUGUCUCAAAAGAAUUAGUUUCUAUAAACGAUAUUUCUACAAAUGUUCAAGGGGUUGUCGUAAAGGCGGUAAAUGUCAACAGUGAUUUUAAUAACAAGCAAGAAUUUGAUGAUCGUGAUAGCAUGCUUACAUGGAGUCGUAGGAAUGCAACUAAACUUGAUUUUGGUGUGGAGAUUAGGGGAUAUAGAAGUGAGAUGCAACAAGUAUUGCAAUUGUUGGAUGAUAACGGUUCUGUGUCCUGGUACAGAACUUGCGACGAUGGAGUUACGAUCCGAGAUAUUUUUUUGACUUAUCCAGAUUUGAUAAAAUUGUUCAACACUUUCUUGAUGGUGCUCAUUCUCGAUUCUACCAACAAGACCAACAAGUAUAGACUUCCAUUAUUUGAUAUGGUUGGUGUUACAUCUACCGAGAAGACAUAUGCCGUUGGUUUUGCUUUUUUGAGUGUGAAAAAAAGGAAAAUUUUACAUGGGCAUUAG